AUGGUGCAGACAAUCGGACAAUUUGCAGACAUGUAUUUGGGAACUCUUUCGCCCAAUAAUCCCAAUCAACCGCCGAGGAAGCAAAGAAGGGAGAGAACAACAUUCACGAGGGCUCAGUUGGAUGUGUUGGAGGCUCUGUUCGGCAAAACCCGUUAUCCCGACAUUUUUAUGCGAGAAGAAGUGGCGCUCAAAAUCAAUUUACCAGAAUCUAGAGUUUGGUUCAAAAACCGAAGAGCAAAGUGUCGACAACAGGCACAGCAACAGCAGAACGGGACGAGCGGUGCGACAAAGACGCGACCAAAAAAGUCGAAGAGUCCGCCGCCUCCCGGUUCGGCCACAAACUCUCCGCCGGCGUCCAUACAUAGGGGAGACUCACCCUAUAAGCCGCCGACUUUGCCAAACAUAACGUCGAGCGGAAACGUCGGAAAUCCGUUGUGUUCUUCCGUCACUUCCCAUUCAAACAAUUCUAGUGCCAACGCUUAUAGUUCCAUAUGGAGUCCGGCGGCCAUCGCUCCGGUGUCUGACCUAAUGUCGGGUAACAGUUGUAUGCAAAGGGCGGCGGCCUAUCACCACCACCCUAUGGCCAGCAGUGCUCCUCAGACCACAGUCGCGUGUUAUCCGCCUCAAAGUUACGGCCCGUCGGCGGCCUAUCACUACGGAAACAUGGAUUACCACAUGUCGGCGAUGCCUCAUCACACGCACUCCCAGUUGGGCGCCGCCACUACUAUGGCCUCAACGCUGAAUCAAAUGAAUGGCCCGAACAUGAGUUCACAUAUGAAUAUGUCAUCGCAUGGUCUGCACCACAGCAGUGCCAACGCCCGCUCGCCGCCAAUCAACGGCGGCAUACCAUCACCUAAUGAUUGUCUUGAGUACAAUCCGGACACUAAGGCCGGUAACUGGAAGUUUCAAGUGUUGUGAAUCCAUUAUUUGCUGGAAUAUAUCAAACGCUAACUAAUAUUCAAAAGUUUUGGAAGAUUUUUCUAUCUAAUUGUUUUCAAAUGAAUUCAAUGUAAUUAUCAUAAACUCUUAGCUGAAAUUUUUUGCUUUAUUUCAAACUAUUCUCACGUGUAAUAUAUUUUGAUGAAAACAAAUACAUAAUAUUGUUAUGAUUUUAUCAUACAUUUAGACCACUAAUGCAUAAUUGAAAUAUUAUUUUAAAGUUUACUAAAC